AUGUCCUCAGAUGACGCCUACAUGUCCUUUCUGAACAAGGCAAACGCAGAUCUUGAUAACGGGCGAUCACAACCAGCAGCCCAACAAUCCUCCGCCGCCCGUACAGAAACCGUGGACGUCAACGUCAAGGUUCCUACCCCGCUCACCUCUGUUGACGCAUACUACGUCUCCGACACGGACGAGCCCUUCGAACCUGUUGCAUUGAAGUGGGACGGCGCCAGGAAGGGAGCCUGGCCUGACGCUUCGCACUUCUCGAAACUCAUUUCAACGGAUACGGAUCUUUCGUCGUCUAUUGAGACGCUAUCGGCUACGUCGUUCGAUCCAAAGAACCAGUAUGCCUCUGCGUUGAAGGCGGUGCGUGCCGCAGCUGCCCAGGGCUCUGGCGGGGAUGAGUCUGCGGUUGAGGUGAAGGUUUAUCGGGUGGAGACUGGCAAGUCGAGGGUCGAGUACUAUGUUACGGCGUUGGAUGCGGAGGGUGGCUUAAUUGUUGGGCUGCGGGCUAAAGCUAUUGAGAGUUAG